AUGACUGAAGCAACAACAAGUAUUAUGAAUGAAAAAGUUGAAUCAGUACAAGCCGUACAACGCCCAAUGGAUUCAUCAAGUGGUUCAUCUGCUGGUAGUGGUUCAAAUGUACCAGGUGCUACACACAGUGGUAAUUUAGUUACAACAGAAGGUGGUAAUCAAUAUUUAGUACAUAAAGGUGACGGCUAUUCGCCCAGUAAUCCAACUGUUGUUACGUCAGCUGACAAUAUGUCAUCGAAAUGGAGUUCAGUUGGUGAAGCAUCACAACCGUCGUCAAAUCAGACUGUUGGUGGUAUGAUGAAUAAUGGUGAAUACAGCCUCACACGUGGGAAUUGUAAUGAUGCAGCAGCUGCUAAUAAUCCGAAUGUUACAACCGAUACAUUGUCGGCAAAUAUUAAGCCAAAUUAA